UUGAUCUGACUGACCUGUCCCUAGCCCCCAGAACAUCAUGCUUUCAACCAAGGAGAAGGCCAAGGGUCCAAAGGACAGCAUGACACUCCUGCCGUGUUUCUACUUUGUGGAGCUCCCCAUCGUUGCCUCCUCCAUUGUGACCCUUUACUUCCUGGAGCUGACCGACCUCUUCAAGCCAGCCAAGGUGGGCUUCCAGUGUUACGACCGGACCUUGUCCAUGCCCUAUGUGGAGACCAGUGAGGAACUCAUCCCACUGCUCAUGCUCCUAAGCCUGGCCUUUGCUGCCCCAGCUGCUUCUAUCAUGGUCGGGGAAGGCAUCGUGUACUGUCUCCAGUCCAAGCUGAAGGGCCGCACCAGCGCAGAGGGUAGCAUCAAUGCUGGGGGCUGCAACUUCAACUCUUUCCUUCGCCGGACUGUCCGCUUUGUAGGCGUCCAUGUAUUUGGCCUGUGUGCCACAGCUCUCGUCACUGACAUCAUCCAAUUGGCCACAGGCUACCACGCCCCCUUCUUCUUGACGGUCUGCAAGCCCAAUUAUACCUUGCUAGGCAUCUCCUGUGAUGCCAACCCUUACAUCACCCAAGACAUCUGUUCUGGCCAGGAUGCCCAUGCCAUCCUCUCUGCCAGGAAGACCUUCCCAUCCCAGCAUGCCACCCUUUCGGCUUUCGCAGCUGUCUAUGUGUCGGUGAGUGAGUCUCCUGGUAUCUGGGAUGUCAGCCUCGAUUCCCAUCCGCAUGAAGCCUCAUAUUCUCCCCCAGCACCCAUGUGCCCCUCUAUGUACUUUAACUCCAUCAUCUCAGAUAGCACCAAGCUGCUCAAACCUAUCCUGGUCUUUGCCUUUGCUAUUGCUGCGGGGGUCUGUGGACUUACCCAGAUCACACAGCACCGAAGCCACCCCAGUGAUGUCUACAGUGGCUUCCUCAUUGGCGCCGGCAUCGCUGCCUAUCUGGCCUGCCAUGCAGUGGGUAACUUCCGGGCCCCACUGGAGAAGCCCCCAGCCCCACCACCAGCCAAGGAUGCCCUACGGGCCCUGACCCAGAGAGGCCAUGACUCAGUCUACCACCAGAACAAGUCAGUCAGCACAGAUGAGCUGACACCGCAGACCCGACUAGAGGGCAUGCCUCGGCCUGUGCCACGAGAGAAGACGUCACUGGGCAGUCUCAAGCGAGCCAGUGUCGACGUAGACCUCCUGGCCCCUCGGAGCCCCAUGGGCAAAGAGAACAUGGUCACCUUCAGCAACACCCUGCCCCGGGUCAACACCCCGUCCCUGGAUGAUCCUGCCCGGCGCCACAUGACCAUCCACGUGCCCCUGGAUGCCUCCCGCUCCAAGCAGCUCAUCACUGAAUGGAAACAAAAGUCGCUGGAGGGGGCCCGGGCCCUGACUCUUGCUGAGGAGGUUGGACCAGGCCAUCUCCGAGGGGCUGCAGAGCCCAUGGCUGAGGAAGAAGAGGAAGAGGAGGAGGAGGAAGAAGAAGAAGAGGAAGAGGAAGAAGAUGGAGGCCCCAUCCCACCUUCCUUGUACCCGACUGUGCAGGCCCGGGCUGGGGCUGAGAGGGCAGGGCUAGGGCCCCGGGUACUACUACCGCCGCGGGCUGGUGCCCCCCCAUUAGUGCAUAUCCCUGAGGAGAGUCAGGCCACGGCCAGUAGCCCAGCAAGCGCCAGCCUCUCCCCCAAGAGCAGUUCAGCUGUGAGGGCCAAGUGGCUCAUGAUGGCCGAGAAAGGAGGGGCCUCUGUCACAGCCCCACCACGUGUGGCCAACCCACCUCGGCUCCUGCAGGUCAUUGCUAUGUCCAAGGCACCAGGCAUGGGGCCUGGGGGUCCGCCGGGUCCCAAGACAGCCGAAACAGCUUCAUCCUCGAGUGCCAGCUCUGACUCCUCCCAAUACCGCUCGCCCUCCGAGCGUGACAGCGGCAGCAUAGUCACCAUUGAUGCACAUGCCCCCCACCACCCCGUCGUGCACCUCUCAUCUGGCAAUGGGCCCUGGGAGUGGAAGGCAGCUACCGGGGCCAAAGGUGCUGAGCUUGGGAGCGACACCUAUGAGCUGGGGGAGCUGGCAGGCCGCGAUUACCGGGCUGGGGGCAGCUUCCGAGCCAGCAAGGCUCCUGGUGUUUCCCCCGGAUCUUCCAUCAGUGACAUGGACCAGGAUGAACCACCACGUUUCACCGGCGUGGCCACCGUCAACCUAGCCACAGGCGAGGGGAUGCCAACCCCAGGCGAAGGGGUGCUGGGACCCGCCAGCAGGGAAUCUACUCUUCGGCGCAAACCUGGCAGCCUAGCCCUGUCUGAAAGAGAUGGGCACGGAGAAGCUGAGGCUGAGAGUUACUACAAGAAGAUCCCAGCUGGCCGCCGGUUUAAGGACUAAGAACCUACCCUGGUGGCCCGGAUCCCAGCCGUCACUAUCCACUGGCUUGUUCUGUCUGGCCCAGGGAGACUCUGUCUCUUGGUGCUCAGGGCUCAGAGCCAGGCA